CCCCCAGCGGCGGGGACUGGGGCUGGAGCUGGACGCUGGUCUCUGAGGAACGCAGCGCGGCUCACAGUGAGACCGAUGCAGGGCUUUGUUCAGUGUGUUCAGUGUGUGCAGAAGCUUUAAGCAGGCCUUGUGGAACAGGAGAAUCCAGGCAUUUUAAAGGGGCCAGUUCAGGAAGGAAAGCUUCCAUUUCUGCUGUGAAGCCACAGGACAGAAGGCUAAAGGGCCUAAUGGCUGCAAAAUCCCAGCCCAGCACGCCCAAAACCAAGAGUCCAGGCAGCGUCUCCAAUGGCCAGACUACAUCUCAAGGACAGUGGGGCCGUGCCUGGGAGGUGGACUGGUUCUCCCUGGCGAGUGUCAUCUUCCUGCUGCUCUUUGCGCCCUUCAUCGUGUACUACUUUAUCAUGACCUGUGACCAGUACAGCUGCGCCCUGACUGCCCCUGUGGUGGACAUCGUCACCGGGCGUGGUCGGCUCUCAGACAUCUGGGCCAGGACCCCGUCUGUGACAGUGAAAGCGGCCCAGGUCUACGCCUUGUGGGUCACCUUCCAGGUGCUUUUGUACAUGUGGCUUCCUGACUUCUGUCACAAGUUCCUGCCGGGCUACGUAGGGGGCAUCCAGGAGGGGGCCGUGACACCUGCAGGGGUCGUGAACAAGUAUGGAAUCAACGGGCUGCAGGCCUGGCUAAUUACGCACCUGCUCUGGUUUGCCAACUCCCACCUCCUGUUCUGGUUCUCGCCCACCAUCAUCUUUGACAACUGGAUCCCGCUGCUGUGGUGUGCCAACAUCCUCGGCUACGCCGUGUCUACUUUUGCAAUGAUCAAGGGCUACUUCUUCCCAACUAGUGCCCAGGACUGCAAAUUCACAGGGAAUUUCUUUUACAACUACAUGAUGGGCAUUGAGUUUAACCCCCGAAUUGGGAAGUGGUUUGACUUCAAGCUGUUUUUCAACGGCCGUCCCGGGAUUGUCGCCUGGACACUCAUCAACCUGUCCUUUGCGGCUAAGCAGCAGGAGCUCUACGGCCAUGUGACCAACUCCAUGGUGUUGGUCAACGUCCUGCAGGCCAUCUAUGUGCUGGACUUCUUCUGGAAUGAGACCUGGUAUCUGAAAACCAUGGACAUCUGCCAUGACCACUUUGGGUGGUACCUGGGCUGGGGAGACUGUGUCUGGCUGCCAUACCUGUACACGCUACAGGGUCUGUACUUGGUCUACCACCCCGUGCAGCUCUCUCCUGCACAUGCCACGGGCGUCCUGCUGCUGGGCCUGCUGGGCUACUACAUCUUCCGCAUGGCCAACCACCAGAAGGACCUGUUUCGGCGCACAGAUGGCCGCUGCCUCAUCUGGGGCAGGAAGCCCAAGGCCAUUGAGUGCUCGUACGUGUCUGCUGAUGGCCAGAAGCACCACAGCAAGCUCCUGGUGUCGGGCUUUUGGGGCCUGGCCCGCCACUUCAACUACACCGGCGACCUGAUGGGCAGCUUGGCCUACUGCCUGGCCUGCGGGGGCGGCCACCUCUUGCCCUACUUCUACAUCAUCUACAUGGCCAUCCUGCUAAUCCACCGCUGCCUGCGGGACGAGCACCGCUGUGCCAGCAAGUAUGGCAAGGACUGGGAGCGCUAUAUUGCCGCGGUGCCCUACCGCCUGCUGCCGGGACUCUUCUAAGGGACCAUCCCCAGAGGAAGCCCCGGGGGGCUGUAAAGAGCAUAUUCAGCCAGUACCAUGGAAGGGAGGCAAGCGGCGCAGCUCCACCGUCUAGGAGCCUCAGUUUACUCUUCUGUGAAAUGGAAAGGAUCUGGCACCUAGCAGGUGUCCAGUAACUAAGGGUGCUCUUUUCUUUCCUCUUGUCCUAAGGGGAGUUACACCAACUGCCUUUUUACCAGCAGAGAUUGAUUUCUCCAUUCAGUGUCCUUUAAUAGCCCUUUGGGAACAGAGUUUCUUUGUAUUGUGAGCCCAAGCUGCUCCACUGCCCAAAUUAGUAUGUGACACUUACCAGGAUGUCUUCCAGCUCCCUGUGACUACGACUGUACUUAUUCUUGCUAAAUAGAGUUGACAUGGUAUAUACAGGGUGCACCAGUUAUCAGGGAUCACCUUUCAGCUCCAGCAGCCUCGGCCCAUCUGCCCUCCUUAGAGCUGUCUCCUGCUUGCAUGUGUGUGCGCGGACUCUGACUCCAGCAACCCAGAAAAUGUCAUCCAGGGGGCCUUGCCAGGCCUUUCCCGCGAGAUGUAUUCCAAGCUCAGAGAGGGAACCUCCUCUGGAGUGUUUUCUUCCCUCAAGCCCAGGGCUUCUGUAAAACUCUUUUAAAACAGUAUUCUUCUAGUAGAGUUAAUCUUGACAUUAAACUUGCCCUGUUAAAUUAAA